UUUUUUUUUAAAAAAAAAUUUUUAAUUCAACCUUAGGGCCGUUAAAUCUUAGAGGACAAAUGAAGAAAAAAGAGUAGAGUUGUACAUGGCUAUGAUCGCAAGUAUGUAAUGUUCUAAAUUAGAAAGGUACCUACACCUACGAAAGUUGAAAAAGGCUCAACUUGCACAAAAAGUCCCACCGUCCACCAUCGCCUAUCCGGCAUCCGGGGCUCGUCCUUUCCCGUUUCCGUCUCUUAUGAAAAACCCUGGUCGUACGGUUUAAAGUACCAGGUAGGUAGUCAAGUAAUCUAAAGUUAGGAAAGGUCCGACCCGAUUUGUACUUACUAUUCCCGCGAUUCCAAUUCCACUCCAUCAAAUCCCCAAUUGCGAUCAAUCUCACUUGUCAAACAACAACUUACACAACUACUUUCCUAUUUUUCCUUACUUCCACUGUUCAAAUUCGCUCAAUGCGUCUGUCUUGACAAAGUUGCCUCGAAUCAAUUUAAUUACUAUCGCUUUUUAUUUAACUAGCGCAAGGAUAUCCCCGACAAUGCCAAUCCGUAACCCUUUCGCGAGACGUCCCGGCGCGCUCAACCUCGAAAUCAAGGAUGAGAACGUCCGGCCCGGUGCGCUGGUCUCCCCGCAAGCCGGAUUCGAAAAGGUCGAUAUAAUUGGCUCCAAGGCGUCUUCUUCUUUGAGCAUCCGGAGUACCAAGAGUCGGGACAACGGAGAUUACAAGAUGAGCGUGGUAAACGAUAGCGGAGUCUAUCUCCCGCCUUCGCCAACGGAAGACAAGGCUCUGUGGCCGAGACGUUCGGCUGCGUCUCGAACAUCCAUGGAUACCCGUAGUAGCUUUGGCGAUAUUGAACAUUUCUCUAUUUCUCGCGAGUCUUUCGAUUCCUACCGCCGGUCCUUUGAUAUCUCUGCUAGGUCGCCAGUCAUGGCCCAUGAUCCACAACGCCAAAGUCUUGAUUCUGCCCGAUUUGUUCGAUCGCCGAGGAUCUCCGUCAGAAACCGUCCCUGGGAUCCGCCGACCGCCGAAGAGGGUUUCGAGGACGUCGGACUAAAUGAUGAUCAGAAGCAACAGCCGAAGAAGAGAGGAUUCUUUGCCAAGUUUUCCGAGUCGCAAGAAUCUCCAGUGCAUACACAAGGACUAGGAAUGUCUCGGUUUAUCCCUGGGCGCAAAAGAGCGCAAAGCGGUCAAGGGUCGGAAUUGGGCAAUAUUGAGCGACCAAAAUCCCGACAGUCCAUUGAAGAGCAAGAGAUGCAGUAAUGUCCCGUACGAAUGAAUGAGAUCAACACAACAUGCAUAGAUUUAUGGCGUUUAGGUGGUAUAGGAAGGGCAUCAUGAUAUUUGAGCGGUCGCUUGCCCCUUGUACAGUUAUUUCAGGUUUAGUCGCUCGCUUCCACCAUACUGAGCUCAUAGGUGGUCAGGAACAAGAGGCAGAUAGAACAGUCGAAGCCGGGAAAUCUGGGCGGCCAUGGGAGAAAAGGGGUAAUGAGUUACAAUGGUAAUGGUAUGGUAUGGUAUGUUAUACAUCUGAUAUGAAGAAUAAGAUAUCAGCUCGUAAUGGCCUAAAUACGAUAUAAUGUCUUGCCUCGAUUCACGUAUAUAUUAGGUACCUCUUUCUUAAAAUGUGAAUAUACUUGAC